AUGAAGGAAGAAGAAACGACCCCUACAAUACCGGCGUCUAAGCCGGACGAAGCCUCUGUCGAGUCUCAGCUACUAUCGUCUAAACAGAAGGAACUGGCUGCAGCGGUCUCCUCGUAUGUGGGCUUUCCCGAGCGGCUGAUGCAAAAAGCGGGAUGCUACAAGUAUCCAUUUCUAUUCCUCGUCUAUCUCUUCGCGUUCCUCUUUGGGUACUACCGCACCUGUCAACUUGCAUGUGCAGCGGAUACGUGCUAUCUACAGGCCUUGUUUUUGUAUUUUCUCUGUUUCUGUUUUCUGGCUCUUCUGGCCCACCGUGGAGCACAGCGAGACGCGAUUCUUCGAGAUGCCGGGAGGAAACAUUACGUGGCUCGUUGA